AUGGCAGGCAACCCAUAUACUUCUGCCAAUGGCGACACGAUGGAGCAGGGAGGACGCAGUCUCUAUGGCAAGGGGCCUAUAUUCACUCUGAACAAUUUCUCGAGCAAAGACUUCAUAGUCAAGGACUUUAUUGAGUCUCUAACGGACGAAGCACAGCCACCUUCACGUCGAUCGCAGGGACCGACACCCAACACCUUCGAUGCGAAACCACUUAUUCGAGCCUUUGAGCAGGCUUCGAAGCGUCUGAACGAGCUGUCAGAAGAGCUAGAAGUCAAAGAGACAGAGCUUUCAGGUGCAGUCAAGCGAGCAGAGGCGCAGCACGCUUCAAAUGUUGAAACACUGGGCAGGAAGCUCAAUAGGACCGUCAACAGCUUUCAGCAGCUCGACUCGAACCUUACUUCCGAUCGGGGAGGGAAAUGGGGAGGCAAUAUUGCUGUCGAAACCGGAAAGAAGUUGGAGGAGCUGGACAGACAAAGGAGAAGGGCCAUGGACGCUCAUUUUCUGAUCCAAUGCUGGGAUGAAGUCAGCAAUCGUGGCGAGGUGACACUCCUAGAGAACUUGAGAAGGUCAGGCACAGGAGAGGGCAAGAUACGGUCAGCAAGGAUAGCAAAACAACUACUGCGCAUCAGUCAAAGGUUGGAUCCAGGAAGUCAUAGUCUCAGUGGAGGCGAUCAAAAAACAAAUGGAGUUACAAACGGUGUUACAGGCGCCAGACAUUUCAACACGCGGGAGAUAAUCGAGAAGUUCAUCGAGACUCUCGAGAACGAUAUGUUGAAGCUGUUCGAUGACUUCUAUCGAAGACAGAAUUUUGAGGAGAUGAAGAACUGUGCUACAGUCUUGCAGGAUUUCAAUGGCGGCGCCUCCGUCCAAGCUGCUUUCGUGAACCAACAUCAGUUCUUCAUUGACCGGAGCAAUUUGGUCACUGACGAGAUUGGUGGUGACCAAGAGACAUGGGUCAGACUAUCAGACCCUGACGCUGAACUUCCAGGAGUCGAGCCAGGACUACAAUCGUUGAUAGACGAGGUCAGAGUCGUGGUCCAGGAAGAGUCGCAAAUAAUCAAGAGAGCCUUUCCAAAUCCAGAGCAAGUGUCGGGCAAAUUCAUUCAGCGUGUCUUCCAGCAGUCGUUACAACAAAGGCUAGAACUUGUUCUCGACAAAGCAGAAUCGGAGUCUACCCUUGCUUAUCUUCGUUUGCUGCAAGCCGCAAGGAACUCAAUCAACACAUUAGUCGAAGACCUCAAGGCGCAUGGUUUGACUGAACAUCCAGAUCCUGUGUCUUCUCAAACAUCACAGUUGCUGGAUCAGCAAGUGGACGAACUAUUCACACCCUAUUUCGGAGGUAGUGCCUAUAUCGACAAGGAAAAGCAGAACUUGUCUGAACUAUACCGGUCACUCCUCUUCAAAUUUGAGCUUUUCCAUUCCCGUCGACAGAAAGAGCCGAAAACAUACCUGGCUUCUCUUCGCUCUCGAGGUCAAGAAUUGCUCAGUUCAGCGCGUGAAGCGACCGAUGCGUAUGUCAAAUCACUCAACCUAGAAUCCAUGUCUAUCACACAGAAACGUAUCCUACUGUCAGUAGCUGGAAUUAAGAACACUGCUGCAGACGACACAACCACCUCCAAGAACAAUCCCGAACUCGACUUGACCGAGAAUGACGGAAGACUCAAUAUACAGUUUGCGAAGCGUAUGCUCAAAUGGCUGGCUGAAGGUGUACGUAGAGGACUCGAGCUUUCCGGCGGCUCAGAAACACCAAAGGACGUUGCAGCUCUUCACAACCUGCUUCUUCGCAAUAUGGGCGAAAAUUACAUCGAGUUGUUUCUCGAUGCUGCAGCUGAAGCAGCAUCUACAGCUGAGAACGCCAAGCGAGACGCACCAGAUCUAUCAUACAUAGUUGGCCUCAAGUCAGCAAUCAGUAUAAUGCACCUAAUGCAGUCGUGCACGAACACACUACUAAUACCACUUGCGUCGACAUCCCUCACAAUCAGACGAGACAUGGAGAAGAACGCUCGCACAUCCCUACUUCGCAUGGAAGACCACAUCAACAUUAUCGAACAACGAACCAUCGACGCGGUCCUCAACUGGACAACUCGCCUCCUCACCAACCAAUCCCGCACCGACUUCCGCCCCAAAGAAACCGAAUCCGACGCCGCCCUCGCCCAAUCCUCCACACCAACCUGCGCUGCCAUCCUCAAAUUCCUGUCCUCCUUCCAAACGUCCUCCAAAUCCACCUUUUCCGGCGGCGGCUCAAAUCUCACCAAUCUCCUCACCGAAAUCGCAGGCGAAUUCCGCUCUCAACUCCUCGAACACUUCAAGAAAUACCAAGUCAACCGUCUCGGCGCAAUCAUGCUCGUCCGCGACAUCAGCGCCUACGUCGAGCUCUUGCGCUCCUGGGAUCUCGGCUCACAAUACAACAAUACCCUCGAAGUCCUCGUCGAAGUAGGCAGUCUCUUCGUCCUCAAGCCCGAAGCCAUCAAAGAGCGCAUUAGGGGUGGACGAGCGACAACGGGUCAAGAAACCAACGGACAGGGCAGAGACGGCAAUCACGCACAGACCAACGGUGCAGGAGAUAAUGUUGGUGGAAGCGCACUUGCGACUGUGAAUAGAGAGAAUUUGAGGCCGUAUUUGUUGAAGAGGGAGGAUUAUAUGGAGGUUGGGAUGCAGAAUCUACUGUAUGGGCUUUAG